GUGAUGCCUGGUCUUAAAUUCAUUUCACACCUCACUUAUAAUGAGUAUGACGAACGCAACAUUGGAAUUUCUCCAUUCUUAAAACCAAACCAAAAGCUUCCCUAAAUUUUUGUCCCAACUCUCCGAAUUAGCAUCACACCCACCUCUCCUCUCCUAAUCCCUUUCCUUAAACCGACUAACCCCUUUUUCUUGAAUCAGCAUGGACUUAAGCGUUGUGCCCUACAAACACAUUACGAAAUCCCAGAACGAGAACGAUAAUGAGAACGUCAACGUUGUCGACGACAAGAGUACCCGCAGAUUCGAUAAUGAAGUCGUCAAACCGCCGGUGGACCGUGAACCGGUGGUGAUGAACCCUGAUGCAGCCGUUAAGAGUACGGUUACUCAAUACAAGGAGUGCAUGCGGAACCACGCCGCCUCCAUGGGCGGCCACGCCAACGACGGAUGCGGCGAGUUCAUGCCACGCGGCGGCGGAGACCCACGCCAGUCGCUUACCUGUGCUGCCUGCGGUUGCCACCGAAACUUCCACCGGAGGGAAGUGCUCGGAAACUAUCACAGAUUGCACUCUGCUCCCCAUCCGAUGUUGUUGUACAAUGCCAGCCCCACCAUGUCGCGUCCUCAUCAUCGUCAUCACGAAAGCAGUGAUCGACGUUCGGAGACACCGGAGGGAGUGGGGCCCACUGGUGCGCUGAUCAGGAGUGGCAGUGCCAAGAGGUUCAGGACCAAGUUCACGCAGGAGCAAAAGGAUAGGAUGCUGGAGUUCGCGGAGAGGAUCGGGUGGAGGAUUCAGAGGCACGACGACGUUGCGCUCAACCAGUUCUGCUCGGAGGUCGGCGUCAAGCGCAACGUGCUUAAAGUGUGGAUGCACAACAACAAGAAUGCUCAUCGCCGUAGAGAAUCCUCGCACCAAUCAACCCCGUCACCUGAUCCUCCUCCGCCACAACCUGUUGGGGUCUAAUUGCACCGUCUUUUUUUUUCUGGUUUAAACUUUUUUUUAUUUACCAAAUUUUAAUUUUUGAACCCGAUUUAGGCUGAAAGGAGAGGCAAAAAUGAGCUAAUGAGAGGAGCCACUAGCUAGUUAAAAAUGUCACGUUGGGUUCUACUUUUUUAGCAGUGUGAUUAUAAGACUAAUGGGAAUGAGUUCUCUCGAAGAGAAACAUUCAGAGGUAACAGGAAAAUAUGUUGAUUAUGCAUUGUUUUUACCUUUUCAACAAGUCAACUAUGGUUUAAA